AUGAGCAGACAAGGCGGUAUGAAUGCGGGAGUACAGAACAACCCACCUUCCCGGGUGGUGUACCUGGGGUCCAUACCAUAUGAUCAAACGGAGGAGCAGAUCCUUGACUUAUGCAGUAAUGUAGGGCCUGUGAUCAACCUGAAGAUGAUGUUUGACCCUCAGACUGGCAGAUCGAAAGGUUAUGCGUUUAUCGAGUUCAGAGAUUUGGAAUCUAGUGCCAGUGCAGUACGUAAUUUAAAUGGAUACCAAUUAGGCUCAAGGUUUUUGAAAUGCGGUUACUCCAGCAAUAGUGACAUAUCGGGUGUUUCGCAGCAGCAGCAGCCACAACAGUAUAACGGCAGUGGUGGGAACAACGGCAGCAACAAUAACAACAACAACAACAACAACAACAACAACAACAACAACAACAACGGCGGAAAUAGCAAUAAUAAUAACAGUAACGAUUUUCAGAACAGCGGAAAUGCCAAUUUCCUGAAUCUGAAAUUUCCUGAAUUGCCCUCAGGCAUCGACGUUAACAUAAACAUGACCACUCCGGCAAUGAUKAUAUCCAGUGAACUAGCCAAGAGGCCGAAAGAAGUUCAGUUGAAGUUUCUACAAACGUUCCAAGAAUGGACGAGAACUCAUCCCGACGAUGCCGUUUCGUUGUUAGAGCUGUGCCCGCAAUUGAGUUUUGUCACUGCGGAGCUGCUGCUAACCAAUGGGAUAUGCAAAGUGGAUGACUUGAUUCCCUUGGCGUCCAAGCCGCAGGAGGAGGCGUCAUCCACGAACAACAGCAGCGUUAACGAAGUGCUGGAUCCGGCGGUGCUCAGCAAGCAGAAGGACCUCUUAAAGCAAGUGCUACAAUUGAACGACAGCCAAAUCGCUAUUCUGCCCGAUGACGAAAGGAUGGCCAUAUGGGACCUGAAACAAAAGGCAUUGAGGGGAGAAUUUGGUGCAUUUUGA